CUUGAUUUGCGGUUUGGGGGGGGGACAGUCUAUUAUUCGAGUCUAUUCCUUCCUUUGGUAAGGAUUGGUCGGUGAUUGGAAUUCGUCUUUUCUUUGUUUGUAUCACCGAGACACCCGAGGGGGCAGCCAUAUUUACCGUUCUCGGGAGACCCAGCCCAUUCAAAUAAAAAUAGAACGAGCACCUACGACUAAGGGGAAUGGAAUUUCGACCAAAGGGUGAGAUGAUCAGUGAAUACGAGGGGCGAGUGACUGGUCAAGGAAUGAAACUUAGUCAUUUUUUCUACAAGGCAGCAAGGGUUUAUGUGUUUGAACUGACUACGACCGGCUACUUAAACAAAAAAAAGCCCCCCGAAACCACCUCACUUACGAAGAAGUAGUUGGAGCCAACAAAGGGGCUCCGGACUCUUUCGGUUUGGUUUUGUUUCCUGUUUAUAAGAGCCCUUAUUUGAUCAGACCGCUACUGGUGUUCGAACUAGUCAUUAAUGGUCGGCUAAUUGGUACCCUUUCGGUAUGCGUUGCGAACACUUUCAUUUUGAGCGUCUCAUCUUCUCUGGAGAAGCGAAAAUCGAAUAGAGCAGAUGGUCCAACUAAAGAACUUCUUCUUUUUCAUUACUUCCAUGGUCGUGCCUCGUGGCACGGCAGCACCCGUACUAUUGGAGUUCGUCAUUAGAGAUGUUCCCACAGGUGCCCCUUCUUCCAAUGGUACUAUAAUUCCUAUUCUUAUCCCUUCAUUCCCUUUUUUGGCCUAUAUACAUUCCAGGAGAUUCAUACGCUCCAUGGACGGAGCAAAAAGUGGAGUGUUGGUCAGAGCAAGCCGCCCUAUUCUAUUACCAGACAUAAUAAAGAGAAGCUCAUCCGCUAGAAACGCUUCAUUUCGUUUCGUUCCCGUUCUGAAUUUCCUUCUUCUCGAAUCCAUGGGGGACUUGUCUAAACUCGUCCCACGUACGGUUCGGAGGCCGAGCCCCACCCUAACAGUAAUGGUGCGGCUUAGGUCAACUAACAUGAAGAAGAUACAGUUCACUCAACGAUUGCCUUUGGGUUCCGAACUCCGUAUGGGGAAGGAGCGUUGUUGUUUGCGAGGUCUCGAUCAUUUACAUGGACCCACUUCUCAUUCCAUUUGUGGGAAUUUGAUGAUCUAUAAACCGUCCCUAACGAACGAUUGGCUCAUGUUUGAGCAUGAUGAAUCACUUCGUGCCGACCUGUUGCCAAUCCACUUUCCGGCCUCAUAUGAGAAUGGAAAACUUGAUCAUUUUCUGCAUCGGUGGAUGAAGAAUCGCGAACAUAAGAAUCUCUGGUUGACCAUGUUCCCAGAAAAAAGAUACUCUCGAGAAACGACGAGCACGACUGAAGUGGCUAUACAUACAAAUCCAUUUACGGAUCCAUAUGCUCCGAUUGUAACUGGAAGUUCCGGAAGAGGCGGCUGGUAUACCACCAUAAUGAAACUGCCUUUUCUUUUUUGCAUUUGGAUAGGAUUUCUGUUGGCUUCGUUGGGAGGCUCGCGUAGUUUGUUACGUCAGCUCCAAAAGGAGAAGUUGCAUUGGAAUCGAGAAAGUUCCGUUGAGUUCAUAAUUGCAUUAAAUAAGUAGUGGCUGCGGCGCGUCGAGGCACUUCUUGGUCCCCGUCCGUCGAAAGAGACAGAAUGGGCGGGCACUACUAACCAAGCCAAGCCUAGUUCUCGCCGAUAGGCGCUGGGAGCCUUACGGCUUCCAAGCCUUGCCUUAUAAAGAUAUGAGUUGUGGCAAUGAGGUAGGCCCGAAGGAGCCUCAAGCACUUGUACAAUGCUCAAGGCUCUGGGCUGAGUAAGUAGCAGGAGCCACUUUUUGUUAUGGGCCGGGCCCUCUUUUCUUGCCACCGCGUCAAUUGCGCUGAAGAAGAUUGAACUGAGCCAAAACCGAGCACUAAACACUUUCCGACUCCUCCAAUGAAUUGGUAUGGCUAUCGAAAUCGUGAGCAUCAGCAUGUAGGUUAAAGAUCCAAGUGCUAGUAGCCGCUAUCACUUUGAUUUUUCAAAAGAAAAAAACGAAGAUCUUCUUUUUAAGAUAGCAAGCUAUAGGUAUCGGCUGUCCUUUAGUUUCGCCAAUUCGAGGUUCUAACCAGGGACCUUAGACAAGGUAAUUCCGUACUGGUUACCUUACGGCAGUACCUAAUUCCUCCUUUAAAGAAUCCGAAGGUUCCUUAUUGAAAGUAGACCGGGUAGUGCUACCUUAGACUAUGGCUAUCCGACUACGCCUUAGUCUAGAGUCAAGUAAUUAGUGAACCAAAGAGAGAUAGUAUGGUUUUGUCUUUUCUUUCCUAUCUCCCAUCUAUCUAUUUUCCUUAGUUAUUCUUAGUUAUUCACUAGAGUAAUUAUUAUAUGGAAGUCAAUCCGGGGCAAGUGUU